AAGAAGCAGAUUCAAGUUGUGAAAAAGCCUGCAAAAAAGCAAGACAAAUCUGCAGUUCAGCGAUAUAUACGCCAGACAUUUUGCGAAAUCUCAGAGCCGCGUAUCCCCGUAAAACUCCCUCAUUCACUUUAUUUCUCAUUCUUUGAAUGGUAGUCGAUCGAGUGUGAAUCGAAGUAUGUCCCCCUCCCGCGCGUUCCCUCCGUGUCUCAGGUUCUCGACGACUUUAUGCACUCCGUCGAAACCCCAUCGCAUGAGCUGCAAGUGGUUUGUUCCUCCCUUCUCCAAUACUUUGACAAGUUCUUCACAGGCCGUCUUUUAUACAAACCGGAAGUGCGGCAGCUCCGCUCCGUUCUACACAACAAGGAGUUCCGGCCGCCCUCUGCGAUCUACGGACCCGAGCAUUUUCUUCGUUUGCUGUUCCAAUACCCGCAGUUGGUGGUGCAUACGGAUAUUAAUGAGAAUACAACCGUGAUCAUCUGUGAAGUGUUGAAUCAGCUUUUUAAAUAUUUGGAAAGCCACUCGGAAAUAUUUCUUUCGAUGGAUCAGUACAGCAGUAGUUGGGUUUUUGCUUGA